AUGCCCGCUGCAUCCCCAAUACAAGAAACCUCUCCACAAGCAAGCUUCCAAACCCCUUCAUCGGUCGAAAGCCCCCAAGAAGAGCAUACUCAAGAACCAGAUACAAGUGGAGAGCCUCCUAACGAUAAGCAGCCCCUGACUAGUGAGAUGUUGACAAAUACUGGAAAUCCUGGAUCCAAGGGACCGGCUAUGGCCAAACCCACCCCCUUCGAUAGAAACCAGAAACGAACAGAGCAGUUCCUUCAUGAAAUCGACAUAAUGAUACUCGCCAGGAAACACGACUUCCCGGACGAAUUUACGAAAAUCGCAUAUGCGCUAUCCUACAUGAAAAGAGGAUCAGCAGGGAUAUGGUCAAGAAAUUUCACCAAGGCAAGGAACUUAAAUGACAACUGGGACCUCUAUACAUGGAAACCCACCCAAGACAUGACUUCGGUUCACCAGAAAAUAUCAGCAGACUUCGAGGAAUCUGAUAAAACAGCGGAUGCCAGAGACAAACUGGCUAGGAUCAACCAAGGAAAAGAAUCCUUUAACGCAUACCUUCAACUGUUCGAACAAAUUGCCGAACUAGCAGGAGUUGAUCUGGAAACCAAGAAAACACACUUCUUAAGAGGCCUUAAAUAG